AUGUAAAAUUCAAAUUUCUAAUAAGAAAAUGUCGCAUCAAAUGAUUAUGUAUCUGAAAUCUAAUUCAAAUAGAAUCAAUCAUAAUAAAAAGAAUAUUCAACUAGAAAUAGCUAACUAAAGAAAAAUAGUAUUUAGAAAGAAUAGACACCUAUAUAAGUUUAAAGCAAAAAAGAAAAUUAAAUGAUUGCAUCUAUACAAGUUCAAGAAAAUGUUGCAAAUUAAUUUUAUAUUUCUAAAGCAAAAUAUCCAAAAUCUACUUCUUAAGAUAAAAAAUAAUCUAAUUAGCCUAAUAUAACUUAAAUAGAAGAGUAAUAAUAAUAAACUCAUUAAUAAGUUCGUAAAAAUUCAUAACUAAAAAUUUAGCCUGUUUUCUGUGUUAAAAUUUAAAUUACUUAAUAUAAUCCAAAUGAUAAAGAAACUGAAUAAAUAUUAACACCAUAAAAUGCUGCUUAAUAACUCAAGGAUAGAAUUAAAAAAGAAUAAAAUGAAUUAAAACCAAUACAAUUAAUUUAAUCAAAUAUAUUCUAAUCUUAAAGUAGAGAAAUUGUUAAUAGAAGAUCAACAAAUUAAAAGAGAGUCUCAGAGUUUAAUUAGGAAAGUUAAGAAAAGAGUUAUUAUGAUCAAAAAUUAUCAAGUUAUGAAAUAAAAAUGGGAGUAAAAGAGGAUCCAAUGUUAAAAGAAAAACAAGAAGUGCUAUCAGAUAUACAUGAAAUAUUAAAACAAUUGACAAUUAAGUCAUCUAAUAAACGACAUUCUAUUUUAGAAGAUUCUCUUUAAUUAUGUUUAUUAUUGUUACCAGAUAUAAGAUUAUCUGAACAUCAAAUACAUUCAGUAGCAUUUUAUGAAGAAAUUAAGCUUUAAUAUAGAUUAGAGAGAAGUUAUUAAGCAUUUAAAAGAAGGUAUUUUUUGAAUCAUUAUUUAGAUUUUAUCAUUUAUAAAUAUUUUCAGAUUGUUGGACAAUAUAAAAUCUAUAAAAGAUGUACUAAAUAAUAAAGAAUUCUAAAGAUAUUUAAUUAGAUUCAUAUCAUAUCAAUUAUAGUAUUAUAAAUAAAACGAUUGAUUUUCCAGAUUAGAAUUUCAAGAAAAAAUCACCUGAGAAACCAAAAGUAGUUUAACAAAUUAUAGCAAAUUCAUAAAAUAAAAAGAUUGUUUUAUCAUGUAUAUUUUAUUUAUUAUAAUAAUUAGUAACAACAAAAACUCUAUGUUAAUAUGUAAAUUUGACUGCAAAGGAAAUUGAUGAGGAUAUUUAAGAAUUUGAUGAUGAAUUGAAAUUCAUUGAUAUGAUUCUAAAAUUAAUACCUCUCGCUUUAUGA